AGAAAAAAAAACAACAAAUAGAUUUAAUACCUUGCAGAAGAAAGAAAAGAUCUUGUGUUUGUGCAACCUAAAUCUGAAAAUUCCCUAAGAAAAGUGUUUAAAUUAGUUUAACGCGAGUCUCGUUCCGUCCGCUCCACCAUGGAGGCAGUGCCACGGAUGCCGAUGGUUAGUUUCGAGCUGAAAACCAGCCCCGAACCGACCAACUUCUCUGCCCUAAAGCAGUACAUCGCGGAAUAUUAUCAGGAAGAUCCAGCAUCAUAUUCGAAAGAAUGCUACCAACUGGAACAACUUCGUGGCAAUGCCGUACGGCCAACGCGAGACGUGGAUGGUACGGCUACCAUCCGCCGCUAUUACUGUCAGCUACAUUCGAUCCAGAAUCGCUUUCUGCUUGGAACGGUAAGCGAAGGCCAGCAGAUGCUAACAUUCCACUGGAAAGAUCUAUACGCCGGGUGUGUACUUACGAAAUGGAACAUAAAGUACGAGAUGGCAGUUGUGCUGCACAACUUUGCCGCACUGCACACACAACUCGGCGCCGCCGAAAGUCGUUCCGAUCCGGAAAGUAUGAAGAAAGCUUGUACGCACUUCCAGUGUGCCGCGUGGGCUUACGGUUACGUGAAAGAUAACUAUGCACUGCUACUGCAAGGUGAUCUGUCCACUGAGCUGCUUAUCUUUAUGCAGGCGCUGUGUCUCGCCCAGGCACAGGAAUGCAUUAUGGAAAAAAGUUUGUGUGAUAAUCGGAAGUCGGGCAUAAUUGCUAAGGUAACGGCUCAGAUCGUGAGUUACUACAAUUCAGCGCUUGCUGCGCUGCUCACCCAAAAUGGUGAUGAUGGCCGCAUACAGGACAUUGUUGGAAGCAAGCAGUUUAAGGAGUGGCGCCGGUAUGUACGUUUUAAGAUAUCUUAUCUUUCCUGCAUACUGCUCCUGUACCAGGGACAACAGUCCGAGGAGCAGCAGAAGAUGGGCGAACGAGUCGCACUGUACCAGGCAUCGUUCGAUAAGCUGGAAGAGGCGCGCAAAGAGUCAAAAGGACUGCCACAGAUCGAGCAAGUGAACGAUGCACUACAGUUCACGAUGGAUGUGGUGGAGGCGAAACGGAAAUCGGCUAAAAAUGAAAAUGAAUUCAUUUAUCACGAGGAAGUGCCAGAUUUGAGCGCAAUAUCCGCGGUACAGGGUGCAAAUUUGGUGAACGGGAUCGCAUUUAACGUGCUCGAUCCGGAUGCAAUGGGAGAGGACAUCUUUCACCGGUUGGUGCCGAUGAAGGCGCACGAAAGUAGCUCCAUGUACAGUGAGGAAAAGGCUAAUCUGCUGCGUACGAUCGGUUCGAAGCUGGACGAUAAGGAGGCGGAACUGCAAACGUUUAUCGAUUCACUUAAUUUGGAUGCGAUUGAGGCACCUACAAAAGCGGUAGACGAUAAACGUCUUCCACAAGGGUUGGUGGAUCGAUGUGCAGAACUACAAGCCAAACCGAACGCCAUCACCGAUCUGGUACAAUCGAUGUCAACCCUGGCGGAUACCUGCUCUGAUGUGGAGCUAACACUAAAAGAGAUCAAGAACUUGCUCCGUCAAGAUGAAAUCCGCGAAGAACAGUACCAAGCAAAAAUUGGUCAACGAUCGAACGGUGGCGCACACAUGGUAGAGCUUGGCCGCGAACUGGCAAAGUAUCAGGAGGCACACAACAAAGCUGGCGAGAGCAAUGACACGCUCCGGAAAGCAAUGGGCCUGCACGUACACAAUCUGAAGAUCCUUUCCCAACCGUUACCGGACAUCAAGGCACAGAUACCGGUCUGUACGGAUAAGAUUGACGACGCUGUAUUCCAAGAGCUGAACACGAUCGUCCAGAAGGUGAAGGAAAUGAAGGUGCAGCGGAUCAAACUGUACCAGGAUCUGAGGCAUAACGUCACCGAAGAUGACAUUACGUCACAGCUGAUUGCGCUCGAGGGCAGUGGAUCGGAGCAGAAGCAAAAAAUGGAAGAACUGUUCCGGAAGGAACUUUCCAAGCAUGAUCAGCUGGUGGGAUUGCUCGAACAAAACAUGAAAGCACAGAGCAAUAUCCUGAAAGCCCUUACGGAGGUUUAUGCCAAGUGUGCACCGACGUUGAAGAGCCUUUCGGACGUGAAAACGAAACGGGAUCAAUUCUUUUCCUCUCUAUCAGCAUCGUUCGAUGUGUACGAGGAUUUGCUGUCCAAGAGCGCAAAGGGGUUGGAAUUUUAUCGUAAGCUACAGAGCAAUGUGCAGAAGCUUUACUCACGCGUGAAGGCAGCCUGUGAUGUGCAGGAGGAAGAGCGUAAUCAGAAGCUAAAGUCGAGCAAUGUGCUUAAACGUUCGUCGAUCGAUAAUAGUGCUGCUUCGGUAGGAGCGAUCGCCGGUGUUGGUGGUGUGGGAGCUGCCGGAACCGGAAGUAGCGGUGGAAGUGGAGGACCAAAGCUUAAAGACUAUCUCAAAGCAGGCACUAUCACGCUUGGCUCCAUUAAAGCGGCUGGGGUGGAUAAAAAUUCGGUGAAUCAUUUGCCAUCAGUAAGACCUGCUCCAGUUGGUUCAGAAAGUACGGCCCCACUUGCGGGAAGUGGUGGAGGAAUGUCGGUUGGUGGUACGGGGGGUUACUAUCAGGACUCGUACGCCAAUUAUCAUCAGCAGUAUCAGCAUCACCAACAACAUCAACAACAACAACAACAGCAGCAAAUGCAAUAUGGAGGUGGAUCUAAUAUGACCACUGCAGGAACCGGGUAUGAUUACUCCCAGUACGCAACAUCACAGCAAUCACAGCAGCAAUCACAACCACAACAGUCUGCUGCUACUCCUGCACCAACCGUUACUACGGGGUACGUCAAUCCAAUGUAUCAAAAUGCGGGUCCUACGACGAAUUAUUAUUACAAUCAAAGCCAAAUGCCGGUAUCGAAUGCAACAGGUUACGAUUAUGCCCAGUACGGUCAGGCGCAGGUCCCACAGCAACAGCCAUCACCUGCUCCCUCGACAUCAUCUUCCUCGACUGAUGUCAGCCAGCAGCAAGCAUCAUGGACACAGUUAAACCAACAGUUUACUAGCAUGAAUCUCCAGCAACCAGUUCCUGAUGGAAACUACGGGUCCCAAGUCGCUGGGUCCAGCAAUAAUGCUUCUUAUACGCAAGGUUCUAGCUAUCAGAAUACUGCAGGAGUUAAUCAGCAACAGCAAUAUCCCGCUGUUUCUCAAAGCCAUUCCUAUCCCACACCAUACCCGACAUCUUCGAGUGAAUCGAUGUCCUCGGUUUCUUCGACCCAAGAUUUUUCGGCGUACGCGAACUACGGUCAAACUUCGACCUCACAGCAACAGUAUCAGCAACCUGGGACUCAGAUGCAGCAAACGUACUCAUCUCCCUCCCAAUUCUACCAACAAGCGCCUUAUCAGACGGAACAGACUGCAUCUUACGGAUCGCAUCCGGGUUAUUCCUAUAAUCCACAAACUGGAGCAUACGAUUACACCAGUGGCUUCCAGUACGAUUCGUCCAACGCCACCGUUGCAUCCUACCAGAACCAGUAUGUGAUGAAUCCACAGUUGGGAGGCAACGCAACCUACACAGCUUCUGGUCAAACGGCUCCGGCAUCAGUUGAUUCAUCUGCCUCUCAGGCGUAUCAAGUCUCUACCGGAUCAACAGGAACACCAGCGUACCCACAAGGACAACCAACAAGUACAUCCUACUACACUCCCAAUGCUAGUGUGCCCCAAGCUGGUUACUAUCACCAAACGUCCACCUACUCGACCAUACAAUCGAACCAAUAUGCGUCCGAUGCAACUGUCACGCAGCAAAACACACUCCCACCCGCUAGCAAUAUGCACGAUGCUGCCAGUGUUGCUCACUAUUCCCACCACACGAACUCGUACGUAGAUAGUACCGGUUCGCAAAGUACCACAACGACCGCUUCGGCAACAACCACCUCCUCACCCCAGCAACAAUCUAUCGUUACGCCACAAACCGCCACGCAGUCGAAAAAUAUCGAUCUACUCUCCGGGAUCGAUUUUUCUCCUGCGAUUGUACCACCGAUAUCUGUCCCAAUUCUACAACCUCAACCAUCGACCGUUGGAUCGAUUGCUGGCAGCACUGUCAAUGGGAGCGAAGUGGGCAGCGUUAUACUAACACCUACGAAAGCGAAUGUUGAUCUACCGGUGGAAAAGGUUACUACCGUACCAGAACCACCGCCAUCAGCGAAUGUUCCCACAACACCGAGCGCUACGGCGAUUGGGGAACGAAAGCCAAGUCUGGACAACCUAUCGCUGUGUUCCGAUCUGAGCUCAAGCUUUGACUGGGAAAGUGCAUCGGUUUGUGGUGCAACGGCUUCGGUUUCUGGUGCGGCUGCUAAUCCGGCCGAUAAUGUAUUUUUGCGACCGGCCAAACCAGACCCGUUCGAAGAUGCGGCUACGCUGAAGUGGUUCCAUAAGGAGGUGGAACGGUUGGAGAAAUUCGUUGAAACGAGCGGUGUAAAGACGCUGAAUGGGACGACACCAUUGGAUAGCAAGUGGAAGGAGUUGCAAGAUCUGUUGGUAAAGGAAGAAUCUAAGCGCCAAGUAAGCGUAGCACGCCUGUUUCCCGAAAAGAAUCGCUCGAUCGAUUGUGUCCCUUACGAUCAUGCCCGUGUGCAACUGUCUACCGAUACAGACAACUACAUCAAUGCUGUGUACGUUAAGGAUCUCGGAUUCGGAUGCCCGCAUUUCAUUUUGGCUCAAACUCCGCUCCCAAACACAGUGAACGAUUUUUGGAACAUGGUCUGGUCACAGAAGUCCAACGUGGUCGUUUGUUUGCAUACAGCUAAUGAGCUUUUGGAUCCCUUCUGGCCAACGGAACUAGGCAAAGAGCUCAGCUACGGUGACGUUUCGGUGAAUCUGAUGAAACAAUUCGAUCUAACCCACUGUACCGAACGUACGUUGCGCAUCAGCAUGCUCGGCUCGGACUAUUCCCUUACCGUCGCACUACUGCAACCGAAACUUUGGCCGAAAAAUUCUCCGGAACAGAUCCUCGGCGUGGCGCAGUAUCUGAUCGACUCGUACCGGCAGUACAAUCAAGAGCAGAAGCUACCCCAACUGCGUCCGCUCGUGUUAAACUGUUUGAAUGGGACCGAUCGAUCGAGUUUGGUAACGGUCGCGAUCGUUACCAUACUGGCGACACAAACCCGGAAGCCGCUUCUGAUCAAUGUAAUCGACAUAUGGUACCGGAUCUGUUGCCAACGCAAGGGUGCACUGCGCGAUCCGAAUCUGAUACAACUUUCGUAUCAGAUUGUACUGAACAACGGGCACGGCAUACUGAACAAGCGUGGCAUACUAACAUCGUACCAGAUGAAAUCGGCCCAAGUAGCAAGCAGCACUGUAAAGGAGGAAGCCAAUAAUGAUCCGUUUAAAGAUCUUGAUCCACUGUGGAAGCUAAAGUAG